UUUAGCUGAUGUCGAUCUUCUCAGUUUUAACGUUGUUCAAAAAAUUGAAAGUCGGAGAAUGAAUUUAUUUUCUUUAUAUGACAUGGAUGCUAAAGAUUUGGGUUAUUUAUGUUCUAGUGAUGGAAAAGUUAUUUAUGAGGCAAUUAGAAUGCUUCCUUUUAUUGAUGUUGAAGCUAAUAUUAGGCCAAUAACUUGUACAAUAAUUCAAAUAGAAGCACUUUUAUAUCCAAGCUUUACUUGGUGUGAUCGUUUAGGUGGUGCACAACGUUUUUGGGUGAUUGUAGAAGAUGCGGAUGCUAAUAUUAUCCUUCAUCAUGAAAUUUUUAUUCUUCUUAAAAAGAUGGCUUUAAGUGGCGAUCCACAGCGUUUAAUUUUUACAAUUCCUGUAAAUGAGGAUCAAGUUAAACAUCAAUAUUUAUUAAGAGUGGCUAGUGAUCGUUAUAUUGUUGAAGAUACUGUUGUGCCUUUAACUUUAGCAACAACAGUUAUGCCUACAUCAAUUAAACCACACACUGAUUUAUUGGAUCUUGAGCCACUACCUUUAUCCGCAUUAAAAAAUGUUGAAUAUCAACAACUUUAUUCUUUUCAAUUUUUUAAUCCUGUACAAACACAAGUUUUCCAUACACUUUAUGCAACUGAUGAAAAUUCAUUAAUUGGUGCCCCAACAUCUUCUGGAAAAACUUUGUGUGCAGAAUUGGCAAUCUUCAGACUUUUCAAUUUGAGGCCUCUUAAAAAGUGUGUUUAUAUUGCUCCUCUUAAAGCUCUUGUUCGUGAACGUUCUUCUUUGCCAUUGUUCUUUAUAGGUUUCUUUUUCCAUUGUUUAUUAGAUGUUCACGACAAUUUUAUUUUAAUUUUUUUUAUUUUUUUAAUCAGAAUUGUUGAAGUUUCUGGUGAUAAUACUCCUGACGUUGAAGAACUCAACCUUGCCUCAAUUCUGGUAACUACUCCAGAGAAAUGGGACGGUAUUACACGUUGUGCUGAAACUCGUCGAAUAAAAACGCUUGCUCGACGACGUGAACUUGCCAAAUUGCCAAUUCGAAUAAUUGGUCUUUCUACAGCUUUAGCAAAUGCUGGGGAUGUGGCAAAUUGGAUUGGGGUUCCAGACUCUGCAUUAUUCAAUUUUAGACCAAGUGUACGUCCUGUACCAAUUCAAGUACACAUUCAAGGAUUUCCUGGUCAACAUUAUUGUCCUCGCAUGGGGUUGAUGAAUAAACCGGCAUUUCAAUAUAUUAAACAAUUUUCUCCUUCAAAACCUGUUCUCAUUUUUGUUGCUAGCCGUCGACAAACAAGAUUAACCUCAAUGGCUUUACUUUCACUUUUGCAACGUGAACCAGAUUCGAAACAGCAACAAUGGUUAAAAAUGGAACAAUUAGAAUUGGAAGCUUUAUUAAAAGAUGUUCGUGACGAUAAUUUGGCAUUAACUUUAAAUUAUGGAAUUGGAAUGCAUCAUGCUGGAUUACAACAUUCUGAAAGAGCUCUUGUUGAAAGGCUUUUUGUUGAACGAAAAAUUCAAAUAUUGGGUGAGUCGGUUCGGGGAUUUCAAAAUGUUCUUCGGAUUAAGUCUCAGAUUGGGAAAAAAUUCUGAUUUUGGCUCGAGUCUUCUAAGGCGAUUAGAGUGAAAAAGUCCUUGCUUGGGUCGGGUUUUGGAAAUUGCUUG